AUGCAUUUUCCUGCGAUUAGAAGCACGCGAGACACCGUGGCGAGCAUCAUAGAGGUGUACUGCAGAGACCGAAACAUAGUACUGUCCAAGGAUAGAAAAAAGGCGCUGGUGGAAUAUCUGCUGCCAUACACGAAGCUGUCCCUCUAUAUUCCGUCCACGCACGAGAUAAAAACGCUUUCCAGGGCUGCUCUGUGCCCAGAGAGCCACUGCAAAGUGGAGAAGCUGCUGCUGAAGAGCACCCCUGAGGUGAGAAAGGCGGUGUACUUUCUGUUCAAGCUGAAAGAAACAUCUGGCGCAGCUGCAGAAAGCGAGUGCGCCGUUGACCCCGAGGAGACCGCGCUCGGGGCCGUGAAGAAUGCCAGCAUCGGGGUGUACAUGUCGUGGUUUAGAGAAAUAGCAGACGGAAAAGGGAGGCUUCUCAAAAAGAAAAUUCUGCCCGGACUCUUUGACAUAGCGCAUGAGGUGUGUGCAGCAGGCGAAGCAUACGCGAGCUUGAAUGCGCUGUGCAGCAAGCACAGCAAAGCAUGCGAAAACGUGUUCUACGAGGCUUUGCGGGAAGAGCUGGGCGCGUACAGGAAUGCGAUAUACUCAGAGCCUGUCGACAGCCUUUUUUCUUUCUAUGUGAAGCACGCAGGAAAAAUGAAGUGGCUGCACAGGAUGCUGCACUUGGCGCAGGAGGUUUCCUCCCUCCCAGAGAAUUGCGGCCCGCAGAUUGUGCAGUUUGCAGAGAAGAUGAAAGCGUCGCCGUGGACACAGGAGCUGGCGCAGAAGAUUCUGAGGGCGUACAAGGUGCCGCUUUCAGACAGCCUCGUGAAGUGGAUGCAGGGGGAAAGAACGGAGUCCCUGUUCAUCCAGGAAGAAGCUGUGCUGUGGGGCACGCCCGCGCUGGGGGAGAGCGAGAUUCCUGUGUGCAUACCUGCUGGAAGCGCCAGAAGAAUCGUGUAUGCCGGAAGAGUGAAGAGGCUGCUGCACCUUCUGGGGGACAGAGGCGCGCUGUGCUUGGAAGACGCGCCGAGCGAGGGCGUGUUUGACGAGAAGUGGGUGCUGGAGGUGUACGAGAGGGCGAAGGAGCAUGUGAAGCUCCGACUGUUUUCCGAGUUUGGGGUGCACAGACACUUCAAAAUGAUCCGCGACGUGUUUUUCCUUUUCAGAAGCGACUUUGCGCGCGAGUUGCUGGACGCGGUCGAGGGCGAGGAAAUAAGCCCGGGAGUGGUUGACGAGGUUCUUGCGCGGUGCUUCGGGGAGGAGGUUGCACAGUUUGUGGACGUGUGCG